GAAAGCAGGAAGUAAGCCAUGUGUUUCACUUAAAAUACGCUGUUUCUGCAGCGGACCGACGUGUACACAGAAAACACGUGAAGUAUUUUAGGGAGUAUAGAGCACCUGGAUCAUGAUAACUCCAGCAUUCGAACUGAGUCAAGAUUCGGAUUUCCUCAUUCUGAUAAUCCGUGUACCCUACACGAGAACAUCUGAGUUUGAUAUCUACAUCCAGGGAGAGGACUUUAAGUUCUAUGCCAAGCCCUACUUUCUCAGGUUAACUUUACCUGGAAGAAUAGUAGAAGAUGGCCGUGAGCGGGCUUCAUUCAAUAUCGAUAAAGGUCUCUUCACACUGCACGUCCCCAAAGAGACCCCUGGAGAACACUUUGAAGGCCUGGAGAUGCUCACCAGUCUCCUGGCUCCCAAGGGAACGAGAUCCGCCAAACCGCUGGUGGAGGACACGGGUGAAGGAGCCUGUGGUGGAGGAACAUGUGAGGAGGAAGAUGAAGAGGAGGAGUUUGAUUGGCAGAUAGAGCAGGAGGUUUACGCUGAACCCCCAGCGGAGACUUUAAAAGGAUACCACAGAUAUGGCUUUGGAAACCUCAGGUCCGGUGUGUUCAGCAGACUGCAGGAGGAAUUGAGUGAGGUUAUCGAUCUGGACAAUCCGGACAACACCGCUCCUGAACUCAGGAGAUCUAAACGACUAGACACGGAGACCACAAUAUUUUGUACUGACCACUACUUGCUAAGUCUAUAUGAGGACAAGGAGACGAUAGACACCAUGCUGAAGUUUAAGCCGUGGUGGAGAGAACGGGACGUGGGCCGAUCAGAAGACUCCGAUACCUAUGUUACUUUCACAGAGGAAGAAAAGGAGCAGAUGAGGAAGUUCACGAACCGUUCAUACCUGCUGGAUAAAAAAGCACGCUUUCACGUUUGGCUCAGUUUGGUGGACAUCAUACUCUCGUACAUAUAUGAUGUGCGCACCACGGAGGGUGAACACAACGUAGAGUCAGCUUGGACCAUCAGGAAGCUCAGCGGUACUCUUAUCUGGCUUGAGACUUAUCAGUCGCUACAAGACGUGCUGGUGUCUUUCGGCAGAAGAUCUUUGUGUUACCCUCUCUAUCGUCAUUUCUCUCUGAUCACAAGAGCAGUGAAGGAUGCGGCUCACAUUUUUCAAUCCGGGAAGGCUUGCGUCCUGAAAUGUCUGCUUGCCAUCCAUAAGAUCUUCCGAGAGAACGAUCCGGCAUAUAUCCUCAAUGAUCUCUACAUCACCGACUAUUGCAUCUGGAUCCAAGGGGUCAAAUCCAAACAUGUGAUCGCCCUUGCUGAGCUCCUACGUAAAGCCAAGCUGCAGAAGAGCCAUCUAGACCUGGAGCUGGAGCUUUUGGAGCAUGCAGCUGAACUUGUGGUGAAAGAAGAAGAAGAAGGUGAAGACGACAGCGAUGAUGACUCGAGCAGCGACGACGAUUCGGAGGGCGAAGACACAGAGGAAGCAGAUCCCAGCGCUGUCACUCAGCAUGAAGGAAACACAGAAGUCAGACCUCUUGAACCCUGGGUCAGCUGUGAUGUCUUGAAAGAGGACGCAGUGACUGACGGGAGAGACUCGCACCUCCUCGUGCAGCUCCGGAGCGGAGAGCCACGUGAGCCCGGGCGGAUGAUCGAGGAGCUGGGAGAGAGGUUGGGGGAGGCGCUCAGGAUUGAGGAGGAUGUGCCUCAGGCAACACAAUCUAUUAGCAGGAGAAACACUGAGGGAGAGAGUGGGGGGUAGAGAGACCACCACCAAUGUGCAGUCGGGACGGAAAGAGAAGACAGGAAAACAGCAACCAGUAGAGAGCUACUUGAUGUCUGCCUUCAAAAGAAUCCGCUGCGUAUCGUAACCGCUGAUGGAAUGGACAGUGAUGAUGAAGAUCUCACAGGGGAAUCUAAAGGACAUUAGUGGAAAGUUCGUGACUUGGACAUUAAGAUUCCUUUACGUUAGUACUAAUGGAUGUAUCCCUAAAUCUAAGCUUGUGCUUUUAUCGAUAAAAUUGAUGGAUAUAUUUCUGGUGUCAUCUCAACUGUUUGUUUGAACACAGUCACUGUAUGUUUGUUAUUCUGGCAAGUGUUGUAUUAAAUAUUUUUCACAUUUUUAAGUGUAUA